UAUUAUUAAUAAUGGAAUGAUGGGUGUAGCGGUGAAGGGAAGGAGAAAAAGAAGAAAAACAAAAUAAGAAAAAAAAGAAAAAAAAAAGAAAGGUUUUUCCAAGUGUCGUAACGAGAUUAUUCGCAAAUUACAUAUGUUAAAUCUAUGAUCUUAUAUUUAUCGCAAUGAUGUAUCUGGUAAAAUCCCGAUUAUUAAAGCGAUAAACCGAGAAAAAUAUUACGUUAUGUUAUAUAUUAUAAUACAUAUAUAUAUAUAUAUUGAUGUUAGUUAGCUUAAAGAUACCGAAGUAAUGUAUACGCGGAAGAUACGUAAUUUCGUCUUAACCGAAAUGACUCGUGCCAAAGAAAACGUCGACGAACGCAUACGAUUCCCUUUCGUCGUCGUCGUCAUCGUCGUCGUCGUCGUCGUCGUCGUCGUUUAUUCAACUACUAGACGGUUUCUAAGUAGAUGUGCUAAGAAGACGAAUUAUGGUGGCAGAAUUUGUCGCCCGUCAGAGUGGAUCGCCCAUAAAUGGUGAGACCGCCUGUCUGAAUAGCAACAUGCCGGCCAGCCACACAAUGGCGCACGCAGGUCACGCUGGCCAUGGUGGUCACGAUGCUCACGGACCACUACCGCCACUUACACAUCCGGCUCAUCACGGUGCUCCUAUUCAACAACAACAGCACCCACCGCAGCAGCAGCCGCAACAACCACCGCCGCCACCACCUCAGCAGCCUUCGCAUCAUCAUCACCAUCACCAUCAGACGCAACAACAACAACAUCAUCAACAGCAGCAGCAGCAGCAGCAGCAACAACAGCAACAACAGCAACAGCAGCAGCAGCAGGCGCAACAGCAGCACCAACAACAGCAGCAUCUUCAUCAAGACGCACAACAGGUGACACAUCCCGAAAACUUCCCCCCGAACUUCGACAUCAGAAAAGAGCUCUUUUCCCAGCGCAAACAGCGAGAGUUCAUCCCGGACAACAAGAAGGAUGACAGCUAUUGGGACCGGAGGAGACGCAAUAACGAGGCGGCCAAGCGGUCGCGUGAGAAGAGGCGAUUCAACGAUAUGGUACUCGAGCAGCGUGUCAUGGAGCUGAGCAAGGAGAAUCACAUACUGAAGGCGCAACUCGAGGCAAUACGCGACAAAUUCGGUAUAUGCGGGGAGUCCGUUAUAAGUACGGAACACGUGUUAGCUGCUUUACCCGCGGAACCACCAAUAAGCGUCAAGAGGGCGAAACUACCGGCCUCAGCAGCCCUCCUUUAUGCGAGAACACCAAGUCCCGUUCACACAUCGGUCAUCCAUCAGCCAGUUAGCGGUGCCAGAUCGCCAAGAUCACCUGCACAGCUUUACGUUCCCGAAACAACCGCUUAUCCGGAAACGGAAAGCUUCCAAUAUCCUUAUCCGCAUCCGGCGAUGCAUCUCGAUACGACGAGCGCAUUGAAUUUGUCGCGCGGACGAAGAGCACAAUCGCCCUUCGAGCUGUCCUCCGGUAGCGGCGAUGAGGGUGGACCACAAUUGAUAGUGAAUUCUUCGGCUAAUAACAGUUUACCGCACAAACUCAGGCAUAAAUCGCGUAUAGGUGACAAGGACGCAGCAAGUGCUCUAUUAGCGUUACAAGGAAUAAAACAGGAACCAGGACCAAGAGCGUCGCCGCCAUGGGACAAUGAGGGUUCCAGUGACGAACGAGAUUCUGGUAUAUCAUUGGGAGCCGAAUGGACUGGACCAAGCGUGGCUACCGUCCCGGAAAGUGAGAGGGAAGUCAAGUCAAGGCUCGAUCGUCUUGCAUCCGAAGUUGCCUCAUUGCAGUCCAUAUUGCGCCUUGGCAAGCCAACCGACAGUCUUAUGGCUGGACACCCAUUGCCAACUAACGCAACGACACAUAAUGGGCCAUGAACGAAUGUCAUCAUUUUUGUUCUGUUUUUUUUUUUUUUCCUUUUUUUUUCUCUCUCUCACUUUUCUUUCCUUUUUAUUUUAUAUACGAGCUUGUGCCGACGAAAUUUAUCCUGUUCGAACUAUCGUGUUUUUAUUAUCUAUCUUCGAGAUGCGAAGUCGAAAUCGAUUCGAUCACGAGGUCCGUUCACGUCCCGACGAACUUUUGUUUUUUUUUAAAAAAAAGGACGUACUCGUCGAUCGGUUCUCUCGAACGAAAGAACACGAACGGAGGGCGAAAGGGAGGGCGGGAGGAAGAGAGAAGGGUGACCGAUUCCUUCAUCCAAUGUCGAUUAUUCGCAAAGCGAAGAAGCAUCGAUUUUCUCAUAUUGGCGGAAAAAUGAACUCGAUUCCCGGAGCUUCUCUUUCUCAUUCAUUCGCUUUGCAUUCGAUGAUUAUUUGUCGAGAAAGGAAGGAGAAGAAGGAGGGGGGGAGGAGACCCUUUGCCGGACGGAUAUUCCCUCUC